AUGGAUAAAUUCUUCCUCGUUGUAUUUGCAGUUAUUGCUGCUGUCGCUGCUGACGUCAGCCAUUUGCCCUCCAACGAAUACUUACCCCCAGUACAGCUAGAUACCUCUGUUCCUGCUCCCACCAACGAAUAUUUGCCCCCAGCCCAACAACAACUUGUUGUUGAACCUCAACCUGCCCAUGAAUUGGCUGAUGAUGGUUACCGUUACAAGACAAACCGUCGCGUUGUCUACCGUCGCAACCGUCGUGAUAGCCCUCCCAGCAACGAAUACUUGCCUCCUGUUCAAGAACAAACCCAAGUUGUUGAAGAAGUAGCUCCCGUUCAACAAGUUGUUGUUGAACCUCAACCUGCCCAUGAAUUCGCCGAUGAUGGUUACCGUUACAAGACCCACCGUCGUGUUGUCUACCGUCGCAACCGUCGUGCUAGCCCUCCCAGCAACGAAUACUUGCCUCCUGUUCAAGAACAAACCCAAGUUGUUGAGGAAGUAGCUCCCGUUCAACAAGUUGUUGUUGAACCUCAACCUGCCCAUGAAUUGGCCGAUGAUGGUUACCGUUACAAGACCCACCGUCGCGUUGUCUACCGUCGCAACCGUCGUGAUGUCAGCCACUUGCCAUCCAACGAAUACUUGCCCCCUGUUCAACAACAAAGCCAAGUUAUUGAAUCCGUAGCUCCCGUCGCUGUCCCAACCAACGAAUAUUUGCCCCCAACCCAACAACAAGUUGUUGUUGAACCUCAACCUGCUCAUGAAUUGGCCGAUGAUGGUUACCGUUACAAGACCCACCGUCGUGUUGUCUACCGUCGCAACCGUCGUGCUAGCCCUCCCAGCAACGAAUACUUGCCCCCUGUUCAAGAACAAACCCAAUUUGUUGAAGAAGUAGCUCCUGUUCAACAAGUUGUUGUUGAACCUCAACCUGCUCAUGAAUUGGCCGAUGAUGGUUACCGUUACAAGACCCACCGUCGUGUUGUCUACCGUCGCAACCGUCGUGCUAGCCCUCCCAGCAACGAAUACUUGCCUCCUGUCCAAGAACAAACCCAAGUUGUUGAAGAAGUAGCUCCCGUUCAACAAGUUGUUGUUGAACCUCAACCUGCCCAUGAAUUGGCCAAUGAUGGUUACCGUUACAAGACCCACCGUCGCGUUGUCUACCGUCGUCAUUAA